GGCUGCCAGAGUCGCCGGGGUCCCCGAGUCUCAGUGUUGGGCGAGCAAGGCAGCCGGGUCGCAGCCCCCUCCUGGGCGGGCCUUCUCGUCCCGCCCCCGGCCACCACUCGACACCCUCCACGCCUGACGUCAGGGGGUUGGGGGCGGAGAGCGGCGGCUGCAGCGGAGAAAGAACCGGCGCCCGGCGCGGUGGAACGCCGAACCCGAGCUCAGGGGCUCCAGGAGCCUUGCUGGGGCUGAGGGGCGGUGGCGCGGGACAGCCUCAGCGUGCUGGCGGGCGCGCGCCGACUGGAGCGGCGCGGGGAUACGGGAGGACCGUGGCCGGAGACAGACGCGAGGGUGGCGCCUAGGGAUUCGAGCUGCACCGAAGAGGGCCACUGGACUGAAGUUUAGACCCUGGGUGUCUGCCAUGGCCCCACACUGGGCUGUCUGGCUGCUGGUAGCGGGGCUGUGGGGCCUGGGCAUUGGGGAUGAGGUGUGGUGGAACCUUGUGCCCCGGAAGACAGUAUCUUCUGGCGACCUGGCCACAGUAGUGAGGCGGUUCUCCCAGACGGGCAUCCAAGACUUCCUGACCUUGACCCUGACUGAGCACUCUGGGCUUUUAUAUGUGGGGGCCCGAGAGGCGCUGUUUGUCUUCACUGUGGAGGCCCUGGAGCUGCAUGGAGUGAUCUCCUGGGAGGCCCCAGCUGAGAAGAAGAUUGAGUGUACCCAGAAGGGGAAGAGCAACCAGACCGAAUGCUUCAACUUCAUCCGCUUCCUUCAGCCGUACAAUGCCUCCCACCUGUACGUCUGUGGCACCUACGCCUUCCAGCCAAAAUGCACCUACAUUGACAUGCUCACUUUUACCUUGGAUCGCAGAGGAUUUGAGGACGGGAAGGGGAAAUGUCCGUAUGACCCAGCUAAGGGCCACACUGGCCUCCUUGUGGAUGGCGAGCUGUACUCAGCCACGCUCAACAACUUCCUGGGUACAGAGCCUGUUAUCCUGAGAAACAUGGGGCCCCACCACCCCAUCAAGACAGAGUACCUGGCCUUUUGGCUGAAUGAACCCCACUUUGUAGGCUCUGCCUACGUCCCUGAGAGUGUGGGGAGCUUCACGGGAGACGAUGACAAGAUCUACUUCUUCUUCAGUGAGCGGGCCGUGGAGUACGACUGCUAUGCCGAGCAGGUGGUGGCUCGAAUUGCUCGCGUCUGUAAGGGCGACCUGGGGGGAGCACGGACCCUGCAGAAGAAGUGGACAACGUUCCUGAAAGCGCAGUUGGUGUGCUCAGCCCCUGCCUGGAAAGUCUAUUUCAACCACCUGCGGGCAGUGCAUACCCUGCCGGGCGCCUCCUGGCACAACACCACCUUCUUCGGGGUUUUUCAAGCACGAUGGGGUGAUACAGACCUGUCAGCAAUCUGUGAGUACCAGUUGGAGCAUAUCCAGCAUGUGUUUGAGGGUCCCUACAAAGAGUACAGUGAGCAAGCCCAGAAGUGGACCCGCUAUACCGACCCAGUCCCCACCCCUCGGCCUGGCUCGUGCAUCAACAAUUGGCACCGCGACAAUGGCUACACCAGUUCUCUGGAGCUGCCAGACAACACACUCAACUUCAUCAAGAAGCACCCGCUGGUGGAGGAACAGGUGAGGCCUCGGUUGGGCCGUCCCCUGCUUGUGAAGAAGAACACCAACUUCACACACGUGGUGGCCGACAGGGUCACAGGGCUUGAUGGCGCCACCUACACGGUGCUCUUCAUUGGCACAGGAGACGGUUGGUUGCUGAAAGCUGUGAGCCUGGGGCCCUGGGCCCACAUGGUAGAGGAGCUGCAGGUGUUUGACCAGGAGCCGGUGGAAAGUCUGGUGCUGUCUCAGAGCAAGAAGGUGCUUUUUGCUGGCUCUCGCUCUCAGCUGCUUCAGCUAUCCCUGACAGACUGCACAAAGUACCGCUCCUGUGUAGACUGUGUCCUUGCCCGGGACCCCUACUGUGCCUGGAAUGUCAACAGCAGUAGAUGUGUGGCCACCACCAGUGCUCACUCAGGAUCCCUUCUGGUCCAGCAUGUGGCAAACUUAGACACCUCUAAGAUGUGUAACCAGUGUGGCAUUAAGAAAGUCAGAUCUACUCCUAAAAACAUCACAGUAGUAGCAGGCACAGACUUGGUCCUACCCUGCCACCUCUCAUCCAAUUUGGCCCGUGCCCACUGGACUUUCAGAGGCCGGGACCUCCCUGCAGAACAAUCUGGCUCCUUCCUCUAUGACACUGGCCUCCAGGCACUGGUUGUGAUGGCGGCCCAGCCCCGCCACGCCGGGUCCUAUCAUUGCUAUUCGGAGGAGCAGGGGACAAGGCUGGCUUCGGAAAGAUACCUUGUUACUGUGGUAGCUGGCCCGUCGGUGACCCUGGAGGCACGGGCUCCCUUGGAAAACCUGGGACUUGUAUGGCUAGCUGUGGUGGCCCUGGGCGCUGUGUGCCUGGUGCUGCUGCUCCUGGUUUUGUCACUUCGUCGGCGACUGCGAGAAGAGCUAGAAAAAGGUGCCAAGGCAGCUGAGAGGACAUUGGUGUACCCCCUGGAACUGCCCAAGGAACCAACCAGCCCUCCCUUCCGUCCUGGCCCUGAAACAGAUGAGAAACUUUGGGAUCCCGUUGGCUACUAUUACUCAGAUGGCUCUCUCAAGAUCGUGCCUGGUCACGCCCGGUGCCAGCCCGGGGGUGGGCCCCCUUCUCCACCUCCUGGCAUACCUGGCCAGCCUCUGCCUUCUCCGACUCGGCUUCACCUAGGGGGUCGGAACUCAAAUGCCAACGGUUAUGUACGCUUACAGUUGGGAGGAGAGGACCGGGGAGGACUUGGCCACCCGCUGCCUGAGAUUGCUGAUGAAUUGCGACGCAAGCUACAGCAGCGCCAGCCACUGCCUGACUCCAACCCAGAGGAGUCUUCAGUAUGAGGGAAACCCCCCACCUCACUGGCGGGGGGGGUUUUCCUGGGAGGUGCACUCUUACUUUUGCACAGGCACCAGCUACCUCAGGGACAUGGCAGGGAUAUUUGCUCUGCCUGGGACAGACACUGCCCAGCAUUUGCCCAGCCAUGAAGACCUGCUCAGCACGGGCACUGCCAUUUGGUAUGGCUCACCAGAGCAUCAACCUCACAGGAGGCAGGCACACCUGCCUCUUGUGAAUUUCAGACACGUGGAACCCCAGCAGCCAAAACUUUACAAGGCAGAAGUUUCAAGAUGUGGGUGUGUUUGUGCAUAUAUGUAUGUGUUGACAUGUGUAUGGAGAGGUGUGUGUG